AGUUCAUCGUUUCCACACGAAUUGAAUCGAUUAUUAUUAAGGUUUAGCAAUAAUGACGCUACCGGAGGCACUCCUGAAGCGCCUUGCUAAACGUGGCAUCAUACCGGAAGGUAGCAGUAAGCAAAAUACUGUCGGAACCAAUGAAACCCAUCCACCGAAAGGAACGUCCAUCGCGGAAGGUGAUUCGGACCCUGACCGCGACCGAGAUUCGGACAACUCGUCCGAACGCAGCUCGGACGAGAAUGGUGACGAUAAGGACGAUGUAGAUGAGGAUCGACGCGAAACAGAGGCCAUCAACGAAGAAAUCAUCGCCGAAGAUUACGACGAGUACGAUCAGGUCAAUCCGGAUUCGUUCGAGUAUGCGUCCAAGAAGAAAAACACCGCCGCGGUAGGUUGGACGGAAAGAAUGAAGCAGAAGAUGACCAAACGGUACGGGUACCAGUCAGUGGAUGGUUGCCAGAACAAGUACAAUAUCUAUCACCUCUGCACAAUGUACUGCGUUAAGCGGUUUGGCGAGGUAGAGUUCGAGAUCGAGAAGGAGUACGAGAAGCGCGUCAAACGGUUGCUCGAGCGAUAUCCGUUGCCGAAAAACUGGCGCAAGGAGUACGACAUUGGGUGUAAAGCGUUCUAUUUCUACAAUAAGGAUACGCGUGUGGUGUCCUGGUUGCCACCGACCCAUCCGGAUGCGAAGCUUACCAAAAGUGCUAAAUUGUUGCGCCGUGAGUUGAUGGAAGAGCAAAAACAAAAGGAAGCCGCAAGUGAAGCGACUCCUCCGACGGUCGUUGUGGAAAGUUAUCCACCGACGGCGAUAUCUGCAUCGAAACCACUGAUAGGCCCGGCAAACACAGCUAGUCAGAUGGUUCCGGCGGUUACGGGUCCGGGUGUGGAAAAUCUUAAACCACCCGUUGUAAACCCUCCGAAACGUCCGCUCAAACAACCGGGCGGCAGGGAUGAGGAGAAACGGUCACGAACGUUCUCGUCUGGGAAUGAACCUGGCACUGUUGGUGAUGCGACAAUAUCCGAGACAGAGCGAGAUCGCGACUAUCGCGACCGCAACCGAGAUAGACGUGAUCGUGAUCGAAGAGGUGAUCGUGAUCGUAGUCCAGCUAGAGGUGAAGACAAUCGUUUUGGAUCACGCGAUCGGAACCGCGAGCGUGACCGGGACCGUGAGUACCAUCAUCGUGAUCGUCGUCCGCCACGUGGGCCACCAAAAUCGGCACCGCUCGACCCAAUGGAUCCGGCCGCAUAUUCCGAUAUACCGCGUGGCACUUGGUCGGCAGGCCUGGAAACGGCCUCAUCCGCUGCCGGCAAAGGAAAGGAAAAGGACGAACGUAAAACCAAACAGACGAAACAAGACGAUCAAGACGGAGCGGACGAUGAUGAGGAGGGUGCGCAUGAGGUGCUUAAAAUUUCGGCCGUUAAAGAAUUCCACCAGGAGGACGAGGAUGAUGACGAGAUGGAUUGAACGUUCAUUUACUUCCCAACGAGUUUGCACUAUCCAUUUAUUUGUAACGAUACACCCGGGGUGUGGAGGAGCCUGUGUAAGCCUGGUUUUUUUUUUCUGUUUUCCAUUUCGAGGCAGAAUUUUGUUUGAAAUCUAUCUAUUGGCCGGGGGAUUCUUAAAAGCAGUCUGCUCUCUUUUCCCUACUUGCUUCCUUUGGAUGCAUGUGUCGGUGAUUUGCACUGAUUUUUUUUUUUCGUGUUGUAGUUUAAUAAUACAGCUAUAGUCUACGGUUUGAUCCACACUGCAUUUAAAUUUGUGGAAAUAUAACUUUUCCAUUUGCACAAAGAAACAGAUUUGCCAUUGCAUCGGAACAACGUUUUGCACCACACAGAAUCAUUUAAUUACAACACCAAUUUUAUUGGUUUGUAACUAAUGCAUCCUUUACUCGCAAAACGGCCAGAAUCGCGUUCCGUUUCCUGCGUUAAUGCUAACAAAAAUUAAAAAAAACUGCGCAAACCAGUAGCGUUUGCACAUCUUUAUGGCGAAUUGUUCCCUUCAUUAUCCCAGGAUCUUAAUUUAACAUAUCGCAAUGCACGCGUUAUCAACGCAUUCUAGCGUACCGCAUCUUAAUGUUAGAAGAAUUUGCGCGCUGUAACAAGAUAAUACAAUAUUAGCAGACGGUUACACACGGCUAAACUAAUUUGUAAGGUCGUCGACAAGUGGUGUAAAAAUAAAAUCAACAAGUGUACCAUUACAUGCUAGAGCGGGUUUCGUUGCACAAGUUAUUGCAAUCUUAAGUGGUAGCGCGGCACCGGUCACUGACUUGUCAAGAUCGGUACCAUAUCGCAUUCGGACUGUUCCCUUCGUAGGCCCGUCGACUACCCGAGGGACUACGUGGUAAAGAUGAGUCCAGUUAGUCAGAAAUGGCCAAGCACGACGUAACGGGUCGUUGCAUCUAAAAGAAGUCAGAAGGUGCGUGAAUGACUGAUAGGCUGCUUUUAAACAAUUUGUUAUCGUCCAUAUUCCAGCAGCCCUGAAAUGCUGAAUAAAAGGAAGAACAGAGUCCUCAUUCAUCCGUUCGAUUGCUAAUGAAUGUUUCUAGCAAACUACUUCCACCACUUUGACAUUUUUUGUCGCUGAAAUCGAAACAAAUCGUGAACAAAUUAGUACUCUAAA